AUGACGGCGGUUAAGGGAAGAGCAGCCUGCAAGGUGGGAGGGCUUGGUGAGCACGAAGGAGUCUGUUUCCAAUUCCAGAAGGACCAAGACACCACAGAUGCGGGCGAUCUGAGAUUUGAGCCCUCGAACUCCAUGGACCACUCACCCUCCGGCAGCGGUUGUACGGGCACCGAGGACUCCACCUCUGAGUCAAACCUGAGCCUCUCCGUGAGCUAUUUCCCCCACGAGGACUCCUCCUCUGAGCACACACUCCCCUGUGAAGACGCGUCUCCUGCGGGUCCUUGGGUCCUCUCUGCCCCUCCUAUCCAAGGAAGACGGCACACUGAAAGGUUAGGGAGACUCCUGGGCAGACGAGGCAAAAUUCAGGAUGACCCGGAGCAGCUUUGCCAACAGAGCAUUCCCCUGGCCUGGGAUGCUGACGUGGACUCCUGCAGUUCAGACUGGAGAGCUCACUGGGACCUCAGCGGGGACAAGCAGUGGGCAGACAAGAACCCUGAAGAGAAGACACAACCGACUCUCAGCAAACUGGAUGGCCUUGUGCAAAAGCCUGAGGAACUUCUAGAAAACCACAAAGAUGAUGAUGACGACGACUCUGUGUUCCCUGAACCUGCUCCGGAGGAAGAUUUCCGGUUGGCUGCCACCUCCCCGCUAGAUACAGCUCAGGUCAGUCACCACGAACAUGAUUCUCGACAAGAUCUGCCCGAGUUCAACCCGGCAAACAAUGAAGAUGUCCUCCGGUCUUCACAGAUCCCUCAAGGCUGCAGGAGCAUGAACUUGCUGAGUUUUCUUGGCAGACGGAAAGCCAGGCAACCGGUCACCAAGGACAAGCACUACAGGGACGCCCUCAGCCUCCGCAGGCCCGCCGGAGGAACACACAGCCUCGACUGUCUGAACUUCAGGUGGGUCUUCCGCCGGCUGAGGCAGCAAGUGCUCUCCUCGCUUUUGGGGAGAGGGCACCCUGAGACGGCCGCUGAGAGCACCCAUCAGCGGCAUAAAGGAAAGGACUCCCACAGAAGAAAGAGAAUCCAACCUCAAGACUCCCUUCAAGUAGAACACUCUAUACCGCCAGAUUUUUAAGCUUUUUGAUAGUCCCUGUCCUGCAGUCCCCAUGAGUUAAUUUUUUUCCCCCAAUAAACAAAAUACAGAUUCUUGUUCUCUAUGUCUUCCUCCUCCAGCCCAUCAUCUUAACUCAGGCUGAAAGCAUGUAUUUCGUCUAAAAGACUGACAUACAUUUGCUGGGAAUUUUAACUAGUAUUAUCCUUCCUAACUUGAAGGCAUUCUUUUUCUCUCCUCACCUUCUUAAUAUAGUUUAUUCUAUUUUACUUUAUAUAUAUAUAUUUAACCUAUUUUAUCAUUAACCAAAUCCCCAUUUUCGGAAGGCAGCAGUCUAACCCAUCAGGUUCCCGUACAGCCAUGUUGGAUGAACUUCUGGCGCUCGAGCAAGUGGCAGAAGAUCCUGAGUCAUUCAGGAAGCUGAUUUCAAUCGGCAUUGUUUCAAGGGUUCAGACAACAGGUCUGAUGUUCCCGGUGGACCUGACAGGUUCUAGCACAUGUUACCUUGGCUUAAAGAAGUGGCCCACUUAGGAGGAACAUGAGGAUCGGAAAUGCUACUUAACCAUGCUUAGCUGACCUUCCCACAUACCUGAGAUGCAGACAGUAAUAAUACAUAGGGUCGCUGUGUGAAUUCAUGAGACAGUACAAGUACGUGGUAAACAUUAUUGUUGUUGGUGCGGUAAUUCAUCCUCCUAAGGAUCUCCCCAGAAGCCCUGAUCCAAGGGGCAUCCAAUAGUAGGAGUUUAAGAGUCAAUUCUCAUUGAAAUAUUUCCCACUCAGAAGCCAUAUUUACUGGAAGUUAUGGGUUUUAGCAGAUCUUGACUCAACCAAGUUCUCUUCCCAGCCCCUUCCUCACUGUACCCUCUAAAAUUCCUUUGACUUGUCAUGAAACUUUCCUCUAAAUGUUACCUUCUUGAGGAAGGCAGUACUCACCCCUUGGCCCUGACCUCCCCAUUACUGGUACCAACAUACCUCUCCAGGGUCACGACCCAAUUUCCUUCUUACUCACCCACAGGCUCUGCUACCAUCCUACAUGAUGCCCAGAGUUCAUGUGGUAAAGCACGAUUCUUCCUUUCCUCCAUCUCAGAUUCCUUCCUUUCCUCAAUUCCAGUGCCCUUACCCCCUUCCUUCCUGUCUCCCUUCCUUCCUUCCACAAACAUUUAGCACACAGGAUUGCCAGAUACUUUCUAGCUUACCAAAAUAAAAUAAAACCCCUAAACCAAAAAUACACUCAAUCUUUUGGCUCAAGUGGCUUAUUAUUUAAGAGAUAAGCCUUGUAAACAUCUGACGACAAAGGGUUGGGGGUGACAAUAGUCUCACCAGGUACACAUUCAGUACUUUAAAAAAGUCAACAUGAGAAGGAAGGUUUUAAAAGAUUUCACACAUGAGGUUGUUGGAGUUACAAAUGUGGUUAGUUUAAGGUGAAAGACUUGAAGCUGCUGGAUAAAUCAGUAUGAGUGAAGGUGGGCAAUCUUGGGAUAUUUGCUCAAGGGAAGGGCAAUAUUUGGGAAGAUACUGUCCCAAGGAAAGACAGUACAAUGGGAAGAAAGAAAGAAAACAGGGCCUUCUUAGUAAUAGAUGCUCACAGUCCCACCCUGAG